UCUGCCGGAAAGCAAUAGAUUUCGUUCGGUAACUACGUUCUAGCAUCUAUCCACCAGGCGGCGGUUCCGUGUUGGGAAACUGGUUGAAAACUGCAAAGACAAGAUAGGCGAUAACUACUGUCGGUAUUUGAAACUGUUAAGUGAAACAAAAUACGUGUCUCCACAUAAACCCUAGAAUGACAGAUAGGAAACCGUGUAAGGUGUGCAAUUUCACACGACAGAAAUCAUACGGUUUGGUAGUUCCCUCUUUGGAUGAUCUGAAGAUAAAAGGAUGUGAGUUUCUUGGGUUCAGCUCUGGUGAGCCGGUCACAGUGGUCCUAGAGGAUGAUGGGACGAUAGUACAAGAUCAAGCCUACUUUUUGUGUUUACCUCCAAACACAAAGUUCAUGCUGUUGCACGAAAAAGAGACAUGGUCUCCAGGUUGCAGGAUGGAUGGUGGCACAGCCUGGAUGGCCAGAGAUUCUAUGGUGCUGGAGGCCGAUACUGUGGACAGCUCCAGUGCUGCAGCACGCUGGUGGCACCUGGCUCAGCAGCUGAAGCAGGACCUUGCCAGCAUCAUCCUCAUGUCUGAGGCAGACUUACAGACCUUAGUGGAAGCCCCAUGCCCUGAGCUAGCCUCUGCUAUGGGCUUCGAAGAGAAGAAGGCAGAGGAUCUGCAGGAGACACUGCAGGGAGUUUUGGACCGACGAGAGGAGGAGAGGCAGUCCAAGGAACUGCUCCAGCUCUACCUCAAAGCUGCGGUGAAAGAGGACCAACAGCAGGAAGUGCCAAGCCAGCCCAGCCAGGAAGGGGCUGGAGACGUGGAGGUGGAUGCGGUGGAGGUGGACUCUGCAUCCGGAUUCAUGUCCAGGACACUGAUGGUCCUGAAAGGCAAAACAAGUCCAGAGACCAGACUCUCCACUGAGGAGCUGCAGAUGGUAGUGACCAGAGGGAUGGAAGCUAUGGAGAAGGUGCUGGGCUGGGACAGAAGGAGGACAUCUGCGCUGCUGCAGGCCUGUGAAGCUGAGCUGACCGGGCGUCUCCAGCAGGUUCAGGCCGUGCAGUCCAUCAGGAGCAACACACAGCUGGACAGGGAGCAGCGCGCGGAGGAGGGUGUAGAAAAGCCAGCCCAAGGCAGCAACUAGACCAAGGCUUCACCUGAGCAGAGACUGAUAAGAAUUUACACUACGUGCCUCGGGGUUUGAAGAAUGGGAUUUACCCUAUUUUACUGAUAAUAUCCAUAAUGCUGCAAUCCAUGAAUGUUUAUGAUGUUGAUGUUCGCUUCAUUUUGUAAAACUUGCAAACCACUUGAAUGCUUUUGCCUCAAGAGGAAGAGUCAUUUGCACAAGUCAUGUUUAUCAAAGACAUGCUGGUAUUAACCACAGGCAUCAGCUUUCUAUUGGCUCCUUUUUUUGAUGAGUGCCAUGCUGUGAAAAUAAUCACAGAUAAACAUAAACAUGUGAAACUUAAAGCAAAACAUUUUGAGAAAUAUGCUUAUUUGCUUUCUUGCUGAGAGUUGGUUUGAGAGGAUUGAUACCACUCUCAUGUGCCAGCUAGCUUAGCUUAGCAUAAAGACUGGAAACGAGGAAACGGCUAGCCUGGCUCCGUCCUAAGGUCAUCAAUUACGCUUACCUGUGGACCUAUAGGGAGCAAAAACAUUUUUGUAAAUAUAAACAUGCGUAAAUGUGGUAUUUUCCUUUCCAUUUUGUACCACAGUGUACAGUAUGUGCACUUUGGUGUGAAAUGUCAUUAACUGAGUGACCAUUUAGAAAAGCUCUACCUGGAACAAUGAAUGGUAGGAAUAACUAAAUAUGAUGAGUGCAGGAACUCUCUACCCAAGGCACAAAACCAAAGUAACUUGUACAGCACUGGGUUAGAGUGGCAUGGAGUGCAGACAAAAAUUGCAGGCAGGUUUACACUGAAAGAGAAAAUUGUUUCUGAGAUAUAUGCAAAUCAACCAAAUAUAUUUAUAAAAGCUAAAUUUGAAUAUGGUAAUUAGACUAAUUAUUAAUUCUAACAAUAAAGAGUACAACAAGAUAAGAUGUUUAUUACUCCAUACAGGGAAGCUUCACUGAACACAUGGUGGGCGAGAAUGACAAAGCUUCAUCUUUGAGUUGCAUAGAACCAAUAUUUCUGGAGGAGAGCUCCUUUAAGACCAUCUAUUAUAUACUAUUAUUGAAGUUAUGUAUCAGUCUAGUGGCUGCGUAAUGUAAGAUGUUGUGAACAGUGGGUCCAGGUCUGUGUGACUCAUAGGCCAUGUAGAAUAUAGCCUUUGUCAUGCACGUCAUGCAUGUCAACUCAUCAUCGGCCUCAUGAACAAAAAACACAUGAUGGUGGAUGAAUUUGCAGAGAGGUCAUCUUUUUGUGUUGUGGUGAGAUUGAGAUGUCACCACCGGCUUGUACUUUAGUAUUAAAUACAGGGAAAAGUAGAGCAUUUAUCAAGGUCUCCUAUUUAGUCAGUAUUGUGUCUACGUCACAUGGUUUCACCAAAAUGAAGCUGUCCCUCUGCUGUUUUAUAACCCUGUUAGAAUUGUCAGGACAAAUGUUACAAAGGAAGUUGUAUAAGAGUGUACGUUAUGUAAUUUAGGUUGGCUUUUAUAAACGUGUUGAAAGGUGUUUUUCUAAAAUAAACCAGCCCCCAAACUUUU